AUGUCGGCCAACCUGAAUAGUGCAGAGACACAAUGGCUUGCUCAGCUCACUGCUAUGAGAGCCGCUAUUGCUGAGCUCAAAUUGCCCGCCGGCUCAGAAAACGCACCUGCUUACGGCCAGGAUGUUUGGACAGAUGGAGAGGACUCUUCGGAACCCACGAGCGGCGACGAUGACCUAUGGGAUCUUGUUGAUGACGACGAAGAAGAAGAGGACCAAGCCUUUCUCAGCGACUCCUCGUAUCCUGUGCAUGAGGCGACACCAAGUCCUGCAUACGGUGCAGCGUGGCUAUGCGAGAGACUCUCGUAUGUCUCAUCCAGCAUGAGCGUGGAUGAAUUGCAGGAUCACAUCGUUGCUAUACUCGGCUCGGAUAGUAGUGGCUUCGACGAACUCGACCUGGUAGCCGACUUCAUUGCUCAUCGANAAGAGAUUACUACAUCUGUCCAAGCUCCUGUGAAAAGUCAGCCCAACGGAAGAAUCCUCUCGCGCCGUGAAAGAGAGGCCGCUCUAGAACAGCAAGACUUCCAACACAAGACAGCCUCUCUUGCUGCCGCUCAAGACCGAUCCGCCACUCAAUACCCCCAUGUCUACCGAGCACACGAUGCAGGAAAUAUGCUUUCCUCUCACGGCCGAAAGUACAUGCUACCACUGGGAAGUGAGCGAACUGAACAUGAAAAGUAUGAAGAGUAUUCUAUCCCUCCUGCAAAGGUUGGUACUCUGGGUCUUGGUCAAUCGCUUGUCAUGAUCAAAGACAUGGACGCACUUUGCCAGGGCACUUUCAAGGGCUACAAGUCCCUAAACCGCAUGCAAAGUCUUGUCUACCCAGUCGCAUACAAGACAAGCGAGAACAUGCUGAUUUGUGCACCUACUGGUGCUGGUAAGACUGAUGCUGCCAUGUUGACUAUCCUCAAUACCAUCGCCAAAAACGUGACACCAAGUCCACACGAUAAUCCAGGUGCUACUGAUCUUGCAGUCGCUUUGAACGAUUUCAAGAUUGUCUAUGUCGCUCCCAUGAAGGCCUUGGCUGCCGAAAUCACAGAAAAGCUGGGCAAGAGACUUGCAUGGCUCGGCGUACAAUGUCGUGAGCUUACUGGAGAUAUGCACCUUACCAAAGCCGAAAUCGUUGCCACUCAGAUCAUUGUAACAACGCCGGAGAAAUGGGAUGUCGUUACGAGAAAGAGCACUGGAGAUACAGAACUUGUUCAAAAGGUCCGUCUCCUGAUCAUCGAUGAAGUCCAUAUGCUUCAUGACGAGCGAGGCGCUGUGCUUGAAUCGCUUGUCGCCAGAACGGAAAGACAAGUCGAGAGCACACAAUCUCUGAUUCGCAUUGUUGGUCUCUCUGCCACACUUCCCAAUUAUGUCGAUGUUGCCGACUUCCUCAAGGUCAAUCGAAUGGCUGGAUUGUUCUACUUCGACGGCUCCUUCAGACCGGUGCCUCUCGAACAGCACUUCCUUGGUGUCAAAGGCAAAGCCGGUAGCAAGACUUCACGAGAAAAUCUGGAGAUAGUUGCUUUCGAGAAGGUACGCGACAUGUUGGAGAGAGGACAUCAAGUCAUGGUUUUCGUGCAUUCUCGUAAAGACACUUGGAAGACUGCCAAAACCAUGUACGAAAUGGCUACGGACGAAGGAUGUACAGAUCUUUUCGACCCUUCCUUCCAUGAGAACUACCAACAGGCCUUGCGCGACCUGAAAACUUCCAAGGGCCGUGAGCUUAGAGAGCUUGUGCCUAAGGGCUUCGGUACCCACCAUGCUGGUAUGCCCCGUUCGGACAGAAAUCUGAUGGAACGUCUGUUCGCCGAUGGUGUGCUCAAGGUGUUGUGCUGUACCGCCACUCUAGCCUGGGGUGUCAACUUGCCAGCUGCAGCGGUCGUCAUCAAAGGUACCCAACUCUAUAGCGCAGAGGCAGGUAAGUUUGUCGAUCUCGGAAUUCUUGACGUUCUCCAAAUUUUCGGACGUGCCGGUCGUCCACAGUUCCAGGACACUGGUAUCGGCUUCAUCUGUACCACUCAGGACAAGGUCCAACACUAUCUCACUGCGGUCACUCAACAACAACCAAUCGAAUCAAACUUCUCCAAGAAGAUGGUUGACAACCUCAAUGCUGAGAUCUCGCUCGGCACAGUCACCUCAGUGUCAGAGGCAGUCCAAUGGCUUGGAUAUUCGUACUUGUUCGUCCGCAUGCAAAGGAACCCCAUGGCAUAUGGUAUCGACUGGGCUGAAAUUAGAGAUGAUCCUCAGCUUGUGCAGAGGCGUCGCGAGUUGAUCAUCAAGGCUGCCAGAGUUUUGCAACAAAGUCAGAUGAUCAUAUUCAACGAGACAACCGAGGAACUCCGCGCGAAGGAUGUAGGCCGCAUUGCAAGUCAAUACUAUGUUUUGCAGACAAGUGUUGAGAUCUUCAACACCAUGAUGCGACCUCAAGCUACCGAGGCAGAUGUUUUGAAGAUGAUCAGUAUGAGUGGCGAGUUCGACAAUAUCCAGUCCAAGGAACCAGAAGAGAAAGAGUUGUUGCGUCUGCAAGAUGAAGCUGCUCCAUGCGACAUCGAGGGCGGAAUUGGCUCCCAAUCUGGCAAGACCAAUGUGCUUCUGCAAUCUUACAUUUCCAGAGCCCGUCUUGAAGACUUCACUCUGGUAUCGGAUUCAUCCUAUGUUGCCCAAAACGCUGCUCGUAUCUGUAGAGCCUUGUUCAUGAUCGCAUUGAACAGACGCUGGGGAUACCAAUGUCUUGUUCUUCUCUCGAUGUGCAAGUCCAUUGAAAAACGAGUAUGGGCAUACCAACACCCCUUCCAACAGUUCGACCUUCCCCAGGCAGUCAUGCGAAAUCUUGAUGAGAAAGGCUCAAGUGCUUCGAUAGAGUCUCUCAGAGAUAUGGAGCCAGCAGAGAUUGGAGCGCUUGUCCAUAACAACAAGAUGGGUUACACAAUCACCAAACUGCUCGACAACUUCCCUACACUCACAGUAGAAGCUGAGAUUGCACCCUUGAACAGAGAUGUGCUGCGCAUCCACCUUUACAUCACGCCUGACUUUAGAUGGAACGAGAAGCAUCACGGCAAGUCCGAAUCGUACUGGAUCUGGGUCGAAAACUCCGAAACCUCGGAGAUAUACCAUCAUGAGUACUUUAUCCUUUCUAGAAGAAAGCUUUACGAUGAACAUGAGUUGAGCUUCACAAUCCCACUCACUGAUCCACUCCCAUCGCAGAUCUAUGUCCGCGCUGUCUCUGACCGCUGGCUCGGAGCUGAGACGGUAACUCCAGUCUCGUUCCAGCAUCUCAUUCGACCCGACACAGAGAGCGUGUACACUGAUCUUCUCAACUUGCAGCCAUUGCCGAUCGCUGCGCUCAAGAAUCCUCUGCUGGAGGAGAUCUACAGCCAACGAUUCCAGUUCUUCAAUCCGAUGCAAACACAACUGUUCCACUGCAUGUACCAUACAUCUGCCAAUGUGUUGCUCGGAUCUCCCACUGGUAGUGGCAAAACAGUCGCGUGUGAACUUGCAAUGUGGUGGGCCUUCCGUGAGAAACCAGGCUCCAAGGUUGUUUACAUUGCGCCCAUGAAAGCCCUGGUCCGCGAAAGAGUUCAGGACUGGGGUAAGCGUCUGACGAAGCAGAUGGGAUUGAAGCUUGUUGAGUUGACUGGUGACAACACUCCGGAUACCCGAACAAUCCGCGACGCUGACAUUAUCAUCACAACUCCUGAAAAGUGGGAUGGUAUCAGUCGUAGCUGGCAAACCAGAGACUACGUCCGUCAAGUCAGUCUGGUGAUCAUCGAUGAGAUCCAUCUGCUCGGUGGUGACAGAGGACCCAUUCUGGAAAUCAUCGUCUCCAGAAUGAACUACAUUGCUUCGCAGAAGAAGGGGUCUGUUCGAAUCGUUGUACGUCCUGUGCCCCUGGAGAUCUACAUUGAUGGCUUCCCUGAGCAANAGGGGUUCUGCCCACUUAUGCAAUCGAUGAACCGACCAACAUUCCUGGCGAUCAAGUCUCAUUCACCAGACAAACCAGUCAUUGUCUUCGUUGCUUCUCGCCGCCAGACAAGACUGACAGCUCGCGACCUCAUCAAUUUCUGUGGUAUGGAGGAGAAUCCUCGCCGCUUCGUACGUAUGUCAGAGGAUGAUCUCGCCCUGAAUCUUGCUCGCGUGAAGGAUGAAGCUCUGCGUGAAUCUUUGAGUUUCGGUAUCGGUCUGCACCAUGCAGGUCUCGUCGAGUCGGAUAGACAGUUGGCCGAAGAGUUGUUUGCAAACAACAAAAUCCAGGUACUCGUUGCCACCAGUACUCUAGCUUGGGGUGUCAAUUUGCCUGCUCACCUCGUUGUCGUCAAAGGCACGCAGUUCUUUGAUGCGAAGACGGAAGCAUACAAGGAUAUGGAUCUCACAGAUGUUCUGCAAAUGCUCGGUCGUGCUGGAAGACCUCAGUUCGACACUUCAGGUAUUGCCCGCAUUUUCACACAAGAUGCUAAGAAGGCAUUCUACAAGCACUUCUUGCACACUGGUUUCCNNCCAGUCGAAUCGUCACUUCACAAUGUCUUGGACAACCAUUUGGGCGCUGAAGUAUCCGCGGAGACGGUCGCCACCAAGCAGGACGCUCUUGACUAUCUCACAUGGACGUUCUUCUUCAGAAGACUUCACAAGAAUCCUUCAUACUACGGUCUCGAGAUCUCAUCAGAGGAGCACAAUACGAUGACCGCCCAGCAACUUGCUAACGAGUACAUGGUUGAGAUGGUUGAUAAGUCAUUAUCAGAACUUGCCGAAUCUGGUUGUGUGACUAUGCACAGUAACGGUGACGUCGAUCCAACUCCUCUGGGCAAGAUCAUGAGUUACUACUAUCUCGCUCACAAGACUAUUCGCCACUUGAUUAAGCACGCCAAACCGAAUGCUACUUUUGCAGAAGCUCUGGCAUGGAUGUGUAGUGCGACAGAGUACGACGAGCUGCCUGUACGUCACAAUGAGGAUCUGAUUAAUGCCGAACUGUCGGCAGCUUUGCCAUUGAAGGCUGAGGAUGCUAUGUCUGGUUUGCCCAUGUGGGAUCCUCAUGUCAAGGCAUUCCUUCUCCUACAGGCUCAUUUCUCUCGCAUCGACCUGCCGAUCUCGGAUUACGUUGGUGAUCAGACUUCCGUCCUUGACCAGGCAAUUCGUAUUUUGCAAGCAUCAAUUGAUGUUCUCACAGAGCUUGGGUUCAAUUCAAGCUGCGGCAUGAUGAUAACCCUGCUGCAAUGUGUCAAGUCUGCUCGUUGGCCUGAAGAUGGUCCCUUGGCCAUGCUUCCUGGUGUCGAGCCACCAAGAGAGCGUCAACGUCNNUUUCGUCCUCGAAGAAUCCAAAGCCUAAGGAUCUGGUCGAAGCAACGACGACUCCCUCGCAAGGAGAUGGAGACGGUGUUGCACAAGCAGCUCUCGCUCGCAUCUCCUCAACAGCCACGCGCUUUCAAAGCCCUGUCCGCUUUGCCUCAAUUGCGUGUCAAUGUCUCCGACGUCACAGCACUCGGCUUGAAUGUUACGGUCGCUCGUCUCAACCCCGCGCUCAACCGUGAGUUCCACAUGUACGCACCGCGCUUCCCCAAGCCUCAGUCCGAGGGCUUCUUCCUUGUCGUUGCCGACACCAAGACCGACGAAGUACUUGCUCUCAAACGUAUCUCGUGGCAUGUAGCUACUCAAGGCAAACAGGCUUCACAGUCAAAUCCCAAGCCAACUUCUAGAAGUAAGAUUAGGUUGCCUCCUUCAGCCGGCGAGAGGAUGGUUUCGGUCAAGGUGGUUAGUGAUGGAUAUAUUGGUAUGGAAUGGCAUGUCGAGGNNGAUGUGGAAAUUCCUGCUCCGCCAAUGGUUGUUGACGAUGGGCUCAAGAAGAAGCAAGGUUGA